CUCCUGAGGCGGCGCGAGGAGCCUCCUCUCCGGGCCCGGAAGCUUCCCUCGAGGCCGGCGGAGGGCGGUUCCCGGUCGGCCUUCGUCCCCUGGCGGCUCCUCUCAUGGCGGGGCCCCGGGGCGGGAGGCGGCUGGCCGUGCUGCUUCUGGCCGCGCUGCUCCGGGCGAGAGGCCUCCUCUGCGCCGCCGCCGCCCCGUCGGGUAAGCGGCUCCUCCGCCCGGCCUCGCGGGGAGACCCAGGGGCAGCCACGGGGCCGCUCUCCAGUCAGGCCGGGCGGGGACGGGGAGCCCAGCUCGGCCUCUCGGCCCCUUCCCCGCCCCCGUCUCCUCCGGGGCUGCCUCCCGCUGCUCUCCCGGGGCCGCGGCGAAAGAGAUGGGAGCAGACGGCCACCUUCGCUCCGAGCGAGCGCUCCACUGUUUCUCCCGGGUGGGAAAGGGAAGCGCCAUGCCGGUCAGCCCGAGGCCCGAGAGGCCUGCUCUGGACGGGCUUCCUCGGAAGGAGCGGCUUCCCAGCCGGGGCCCUCCUGGAUCCGUGGCCUCGGAGGCCCCACCGCGCCCCAGUCUGGACGGGGAACCGAGCUCCUCUUGUGUCUGCUUAAAGAAAGGCCAAGGACCCCCGGCUGUUGGGUCCAGUCGUGGCCGACUCUGGGAUUGGGCGCUCAUCUCGCUUUAGUGGCCGAGGGAACCAGCGUUUGUCGGCUUCCGCAGACGGUUUUCCCGGGUCCUGUGGCCGGCAGGACUAAGCCGCUUCUGGCAAAACCAGAGCAGCGCACGGAAACGCCCUUUACCUUCCCACCGGAGUGGUACCUCUUUAUCUACCGUAUUUUUCGCUCUAUAAGACGCACCAGACCACAAGACGCACCUAGUUUUUGAGGAGGAAAACAAGAAAAAAAAUAUUCUGAAUCUCAGAAGCCAGAAGAGCAAGAGGGAUCGCUGCGCAGUGAAAGCAGCAAUCUCUUUUGCUGUUCUGGCUUCUGGGAUAGCUGCGCAGCCUGCAUUCGCUCCAGAAGACGCACACACAUUUCCCCUUACUUUUUAGGAGGGGAAAAGGGAGUCUUAUAGAGCAAAAAAUACGGUACUUGCACUUUUUGGCGUGCUUUCAAACUGCUCGGUUGGAGGGAGUUGGGACUGAGCAACUGGAGCUCACCCUGUCCUGUCGGGAUUCAGACCACUGAUCUUCUGACUGGCAAGCUCGAGACAUAGCUGUCAACUUUCAGAUUUGAAAAUAAGGGAUCAGCAGCCUCACCUGUCCCGGGGACAGUCUACAGGAUAUCUAACAAUCCGGGAUAGCAGUGGGAAAGAGCACUGGAAUAAGGGAAUUUCCCACAAAAAAAAGGGAAGCUGUGGCUCGAGAGGGUCAGUGGUUUAGACCACAGUGCCACCCGCGUCCCCACCCUAUGCUCUGGUUAGAUUACUGCAAUGCCUUCUACGAAGGGCUGCCUCUGAAGACAGUUGGGAAACUUUAGUUAGUGCAGAAUUCAGUGGCCAGAUGGCUCCCCGGAACAAGACGGUUUGAGCACAUUACACCAAUCCUGGUCCGACUGCACUGGGCCAGGUUGCUCCCUGGAUCGGUUUGAGCAUCUUACACCGGUCCUGGUGCGACUGCACUGGCUACCAGUUAGUUUCUGUGCGAAGUGCAGUCCGCAAUACCUCAAGGAUCGCCUCUUUCCGUAUGAACCCGCCCAGACCCUGAGAGCAUCUUCUAAGGCCCUUCUUUGUGUGCCUCCUCCACGAGAGGUCUAGAGAGUGGCAACACGAGAACAGGCCUUCUCUUCUCUGGAUUGAGCUUCAGCUUGUUGGCUCUCAUCCAGUCCAUUACAGAGGCAAGGCACUGGUCCAGCGCUUCCACUGCCUCGCCUGCAGAUGUCAAGGAGAAAGAGAGCGGAGUCUCAUCCGUUUACUUCCUCUCUGCAGGAGAGCUACGGUCACCUCUUUUAAUCUGCCGUGUUGACAAUAACAGCAUCCAGGUGUUCUGCAUGCCAGGCUUCCAGCAUCCACCUGUGACCUACCACUGGGAAUUAAAAAAUACAUUUCUUUCUGACCAGCCUGUGGUCAGCAUUAAGGGAAGCCUAAACCCUUCUGAGCAAAUCACAUGUACCAUAACCACCGCCAAUUCAAAUGCCAGCACAUCCAUCAGUGUGCAAAAGUGUUACCUGUCAGGUAAGUGUUUAUCCCGUUGGCCUUUAUCAUUGUUUGCUUGUUUCCCACCAUUUUCCUUCAGGGUGCAUAAGGUGGCACACCAGGCUGUGUCAAGCUGCUAUAAGAGGCCCAGGCUAGAUAUACAAUGUGGGGCCCAUUUCAUUCACCUUUACCAAAGCGCCCCCCUUUGCCACUGCCAUGGGGACUUGGAGUUGGCCACCCUCAAAAUCGUAGGCCCAUGCCAAUUGGCCCCCCUGGCUGCCUCCAGGCUCUGGCCCACGAUUCUUGCCCUCCACAUUUAAUUCCCACAACAAACCUGUGAGGUAGAUUGGGCUGAGAGGCCAUGACUGGUCCAAGGUCAGGGCUGGAUGGGGAUUUGAAUCUGGGUCUCCCAGGUCCUAGUCUAACAUUGCUGCACGACACUGGCUCUUUAUGGAACUUUUAAACUUCCCUUCAUUACUUAGUGAAUACAGGUUGCUAUUCAGCAAGAUAUAUAAAGAUACAUUAUAUAUAUAUAUAUAUAUAUAUAUAUAUAUAUAUAUAUACACACACACACACACACACACACCACCACCACCACCACCACCACCACCACCACAGGGAAGCACCAUCAGUUACCUGCUUCAGACAUCUCUUCCCCUAGGCUUUCCCUGCUCAUUAAGAUGGACCCUGUCUUUUUGUAUUUUACAAUACUUUAUUGCAUGUUUACUGCAGUUUUCAAUAGUUUAUUGUAUAUUUGUAAUGACUUUUUCACAUACUGCUUCAGGUUGUGUGUGUGUGUGUAUAGGAAUGGCCUUAAAUAACAAUAUAAAAUCAAACACUAAAAAAUAUCCAACAAUAGUCUGCGCUGGUGGGUCAGAACCCCCAGACUGCAGCCUAACCCAAGAUGGGUUACACCAGUAGGGCAACAUUUUUUUUUAUUUUUAAGUAAGAAAGUUGAGGGGAAAGUCCAUAAAUGUCAUGGUUUCUCCCUCAAAUUCCUGGGAAUUAUAGUUUGGUAUCUGCAUUAAUAAUUCUGUUAGAGACUGCUACCCAUCCCUCAACCAUCAACCUUCCCAGGGGUCAUUGGGAAGAAGAUAUAUCCCAAGAGAGAGGGAAAAGGAGCAAAACAGAGUGUGCAUGAGACAGAUUGAGAAAGAAGUACAAAUGCAGUAAAAAAAAAUUAAAACUAGGUUGCCUUUUGCAUGUAGGGAUUAAAGGUGGGUUCUUGGCCUUCAACCUUUAUACCAAUGUUCGGCAAGAAAGUUCCACUGAACGUUUUUGCAUUGAAGGUGUUGAGUGUUUGGGCUUUGUUCUCCUCUGCAUCCAAAAACAUUGACCUGAUCCAUGAAAUCAAUCCAAAAGUAUUGAUUUGAGAUGUCUCUUUUUUAACCUGUCGUUUUCAAAUUUUCUUUCUAAGGAAUUACUGCUAACGGAAGAAAUAGACGCAUCACCCGAGUGCUGUUCAUAAUAUGUGUCAUCGUGAUGGUAGUAGUAAGCUGGUUCCUCCUGUAUAGAAAAUGUACGUCUAUUCUUUAUGGACUAACUUCUACAUGCUAUAUAACACUCCUUUUAAAAAGGUCUGUUUGAAGCCCAUGGAACGAAACACCUACAAAAUAUAUAUGGGGCAAUAUAUUUAUUAGCAUGGCCAGUGUUAAGCAUCCUGUCAGAGAGCUUUUGAUUUGCGCGUAAUUUCCCUUCUUUUGUGUAUAUAGGAACGUAAGAGGAGCCCUGCAGGAUCAGGCCAAUGGCCCAUCUAGUCCAGCAUCCUGUUCUCACAGUGGCCAACUAGACACCCCGUCUUACAUGGGGGUUACGUUCCAGGGAUAGUGCAUAAAGCCCAAAUCACAUAUAGUCAAAACAACCCCUUGGAAUGGCCCUGCGGGAGCAAUCUGACCUUCUGGAGCCAGCGCACUGAACUGGCCUUACCCACCACCUCAAGCAAGACCCAGAGCUUAAAAGCUCUUUUUCCGUUGGGAAGACCCUGCACACAAAAAAGCACUUUUAAGCUGUCCGGCUUCCAUGCAUUUAAUUUGUGUGAGUUCAGCCUGCUGGCCAUCAACAGCAGAAAGUUGAAAUUGCAAAGGUUAAACACACGCAAGUUGCGAGUUGAAUGUACUCUUUAUAGUCCUUUUUAUCAGCAGCCAUUUUAUCCCCUGCUUCGUUUUUAUUUUCUUUUGCCUUGAUUUUAAAAGGUGACAGAUUAUGCUUCCCUUGGCGAGGCAAAAUAGUUUGUAGUUGCCUGUUAAUAUACCGUGGUACCUUGGUUCUCAAAUUUAAUCUGUUCCGGAAGUCCGUUCCAAAACCAAAGGGACGCGGGUGGCGCUGUGGGUUAAACCACAGAGCCUAGGACCUGCCGAUCAGAAGGUCGCAAUUGGAAUCCCUGCGACGAGGUGAGCUCCCAUUGCUCAGUCCUGCCAACCUAGCAGUUCGAAAGCACACCAAAGUGCAAGUAGAUAAAUAGGUACUGCUCCAGCGGGAAGGUAAAGGGCGUUUCCGUGCACUGCUCUGGUUCGCCAGAAGCGGCUUAGUCAUGCUGGCCACAUCUCCGUGGGUUGUGAAUCCAUUCUGUGCUCCGUCUCCCUCGGCCAGUAAAGCAAGAUGAGCGCAGCAACCCCAGAGUCGGCCACGACUGGACCUAAUGGUCAGGGGUCCCUUUACCUUUACCUUGGUUCUCAAACUUAAUCUGUUCCAGAAGUCUGUUCCAAAACCAACGCAUUCCAAAACCAAGGCGCGCUUUCCCAUAGAAAGUAAUGCAAAAUGGAUUAAUCCGUUAUAGUCUUUUAAAAACAACCUCUCAAACAGCAAUUUAACAUGAAUUUUACUAUCUAACGAGACCAUUGAUCCAUAAAACGAAAGCAAUAAACAAUGUACUGCAGUCACACAAUCAGUCAUUCAGUAGCUGAACUGGGUUCCACACAGUCACAAAAACAAAAGAGCCACAAAAACAAAAAUGCAAAAUAAAUAGCAAAACCAGACAGACUUCAGUGUAACACUCAAAACGGAAGUGUGGCACUCAAAUCGGAAGUGUAAUACUCAAAAUGGAGCAUGCUCGACUAACGGAAAAAGUUCGCAAACCGGAACACUUACUUCCGGGUUUGCAGUGUUUGGGUUCCAAGGCGUUUGAGUCCCAAGGCGUUUGAGAACUUUGAGAACCAAGGUACCACUGUAUCCAUUUAGUCAUUGCCUUCCACAGCAUGAAGACUCAGAAUGGGUGACAAUUAAAAGAGAAUAUAAUAUUCUAUCUAUCUAUCUAUCUAUCUAUCUAUCUAUCUAUCUAUCUAUCUCAGAACAAAAAUAAACCAGAUGGGGCCCUGCAAUCUAAUGUUGCAGCAUGCAGCGCUUCGGAGCUUGGCCGCUUUGAGCUUGGUUUUUGUUUGUAAAACUUGGGUUGUGAAUCCAUGAUCCUGCAGAUGUUGAUGUCAACCCCCAUCAGCCCCAGUCAACAUGGAGAGUAGUCAGGGGCUGGAUCUAUACUCGCCUUUUAAACAUCAUUAAACAUCAGUCCCAUUUGGUUUCACUUCGUUUCCUUUCCACAACUUCUAUCCGGUUUAUAAUAACUAGUUGCUCUGCAGUGCCCUCUUGUGUCACAUUUUAAUAACGCAUGAUUAAUGUUCUAAGCUAAAUUUAAUAUGACCCUUACAUUUUGAAACAUUUUCUUAACCCUUUCCUAACAUUAUAAACCAUGAAUGUAGAUCCGCCCAGGGAAUAAAGGGAGUUGAAAUCCAACAUUAUCUGGAGUGCCACAGUUUCUUCACCUCUGUUUUAAAGCAGGAGACUGAAAUGUUCACAGAAGGUUAAAAAUAAAAGAAUGCUUGAAACUAGGCUUUAUUUCACCCAUGUCAAAGUCCCAGUUUGGCAUAGACACACCCCACACAUUUGUGUACAGACAGACACAUCUCAACACAUUUGUUUGCAAAGGGCAUAAAAAGCUGGUUUGAACAGGGACGUAGUCGUUCAUAUGAACAGGGCAAAACAGCCUUAAAUCAAAACGUGUCCAAAGCUGUUUCACUUUUUGCAACUGAGACAUACAGCACAAUAACUGCAGAUAAAAUGUGGCCCAGGGGGCCAAAACGACACAGACCACCACCUUGCCAGCUGCACCGACCGGAGAGCCCAAAACCCCAUUAGCGUUUUUAUUUGAAAAGGUCUUAUGCCAUGAGCUUGUUGAGGAAAGGCGGACUAUAGAUCUGUAGUCUAUAGGACUAUACAGUCAAUCUUGGUUGUUGAACGUAAUCUGUUCCGGAAGACCAUUUGACUUCCGAAAUGUUUGACAACCGAAAACUGAAAGCGGAAACCUCAUUACAAUAGGGAAACUCAAAACGGAAGCUGCAUAGGAUGUUCGGUUUCCAAAAAUUGUUCGAAAACCUGAGCAGUUGCUUCUGGCUUUUUGGCGUUUGGGAGCCAAAACAUUCCAAAGCGGAGGCGUUUGGGAACUGAGGUUUGAGUGUAUGCACUUAUAUAAAUGCCCUACCGCCUUUUAAAAUAAUUAUUACAGCAAAGCCUAAAAGAGGAUUCAGUCUUCAACACUACUUUAAUUACAAAUGAUUUUAAUAUGUGUUUUAGUAACCUGUCUUUCUUCCAACAUCCUUACUGUCAUCUUACCCCCCUCUUUAUGAGCCUUUUGUUCUUGCUGUGGGGUAUUUUUCAUGCUCCAAACAGACCUCUCCUGAGAACGUUGGCAAGCUGGAAGAUCUGUGGAACCACAGGGAGGAUUCAGCUGCUCUGGUUGGGGUUCUGCUUUAAAAAUUGCACUUUGAGCCACUUCUUCAUGUGUUAGUGGCCCAGAAAAAAGGCAGUUGCACAUGCCUAAAUGUGCAAUUGUACACCUCUCUUUCUGGAACCACCCCCCUCCCAAAUGUCCCCCCCCAGCAGGAAAUAUAUGUCAGGCAGUGGUGGUGGUGGGUGAUUUUGACUGGGGGAAAUGCCCCGAAAGGGAAAGGAUCCUCUGCUGCUGCUCCAAUCAGAUUUGCAGUCUCUUGAGAUUGCUUUUCAUUAAUCUGUUCUGUAACACCAGCCUGGCCUUAAGCAUAGUUUCAUAAAAAUGUAUUCUUGUUGCUCUCUGUUUCAGCAGCUCUUGCAGCGGAAAGAUGAAAACAACCCUCAUUGGAGCAAAGGGGGAGAACCAGUGUGUAGAAGGAGGAAUUUGACAGCACAGCUGAUUUCUUUGGCUCCUCUGCUUUUGACUCACAUCUGGAAUAAUUAUUUCAUGAAUCCAUUGUAUGGAUUUUGUUUAUUAUAUAUUCUCGAUCCAGCGGGAUCCACUUUCACCUCUUCCAAGGUGUUAAUUCUUUUGCGCUGAAAUUUCAAAGAUGAGAAGACAUUCUGUCAAGUGGCUGUUCAUAUUUGAUGCCGUGAGCUGGGUUUUUAUUUCAUUUUAUUGCCAAUAUUUACUUUUAACAAAGUUGCAGGAAAUUGGUAAGCAGGAAUGGAGCAAGUUAGAGCUAUUGAGAUUCUUACAAUUACAAUUGGCUGUUGUUUAAGGAGAAUUAGACGUGCGCUGGUGCAUGCUCCUGAUUUUCCUUAAUUUCCAUAAAUACGUACAAAAUAUGCACAAUUGCCUUCUUAAUGGCGUAUAUUUUAUCCUCUCCUGCAUGACUUGGUUGCAUCCCUCUCCAGUGUCUUAGGUGAUAAGAUUUCUUCAAGAUUUGUCAAAGCACAUUGGAAUAGAACUGUUUGCACCCAAAAGCACUGAGAGAGUCUUGCAGCACCUUAAAGGGCAUUUAUUGUGGCAUAGCCUUUGGUGGACUGUAGACCACUUUGUCAGAUGUGCAUAAUGUUAUUUAGAGAUAGAGAUAUAUAUGUUAGGGGUAAUGUGCACAUUUCCCAGCCGAUACCCAUACUAUCCAGCAGGUCUUGGGGAAUAGCUCAGGUGACCUUCAUACAUUCUGCUUGCUUGGUUUUUUUUUUAAUCUCUUAAUUCAGAAGUGCAGGCUGCCGUCCCUCAGGCUGCUUUUGACUGCCUAAUUCUGCAUCGAUCACAGCCACUGAGCACUGGAAGAAAGGCUGGAGCAUAUUUUUAUUUAUUUACAUUUUUAAAUUUAUAUGCUUUAUUUAAUGACUUACAGGCAUUACCGUGUGCCAUGCAAACUCUAAAAUAUAAUACAAGUAUUAGUAAAAAUAUCAUUGUAUUAUUAGAUAUUCCUACAAUAUCUUUAACACCAGACCUUUCACAUCACAGUUGCAUUUCAUCGGUUGUAUGUCAUCAUCUUUUGAAAAACUUAUGUUAAAUAUCAGUCUGUUUUUCUUAAAUAUCGGAAUUCUCUCUGAGAUCUCAAUUCCAAAUAAGACCUUUUGCUUAUGAAAAUGUAUAAAUUUGUUUCCUUUAUAGCAGCAAGCAGUCUUCUGGCAUUUACGCUGUUAUACCUAAGUUUUUAAAAAUUAUUAUUAAAAAACCAUAUAUAAGAUUGUUGGAUUCUAUUGAUUCAUUUCCUCCCUAAUCUUUUUAUAUGGGUGUAUCAUCCCAAGAUAAUGUUACAACUUUCAGCUGUUCUCUUUCUUAAUUCUUGCUCUCUUAGAAGCUAACUCUGUUCAAAGAUUUGCUGUAAUUAAUAUAUACAAUAUUUGCAUUUGAUAUAUUCUGAUUUUCAAAUAGCAUUUCCUCAACAAUCGUUAUUGCCGUUUGCCAGUACGCUUUAGCCUUCCUACACUUCUAUCUCAUGUGAAAAAAAAUCUACUUUAGGGGACAAUUUUCACCAGGAUCGUGGAAGGUUUAAAAGUCUUUUGCCUACGAUCACCUCCCUGCUGCUCAGCUGAGUGGGGAAAAGGAGUACAGACUGGGGGGGGGGGGAGGGGGAGGGAUAUUCUUUUGCCACAUGAGAUUAGGCAGUGAGCCAGAAGUGGCCAGGAGGUCAUAGACCUCCCAGUUCUGAACUAGAAAUUGAAAAGAAGGGCACGUUUUCAAUGCAUACCAACCAGAGAAUGUGCUGAAUGCCCUGCGCAAGAGCUGAGAUAGGCACAUUUCCCAAAGCCUGUUGGUGAUUAUGCAUAUUGGCUGAAGAGUGUCCAGAAUGCCGAGAUACGUACUCAACAACCCUCCCAAACUUCCUGGGGAUUAUUAUCCAUGGAUGCUUUAGUCGAGGUUCCUGCAUUGCAGGGGGUUGGACUAGAUGACCCUCAGGGUCCCUUCCAACUUUGCGUUCAUGAUUCUAUCUAUGUAUCCAGGAAAUGUGCAGAAUUUCUUACGUAAGCCUCCUGGUCAAAGAGAUAAAAUGUUUAUGUUUCUUAGAUAUACCAGUUCUUAACGUUUUUAACUAAAGCUGGAGUGCUGGUGUGGCUUAGAUUUAUUCAAAACAUCUCUUUCUCUGGGUGGCUUGGAGUAAGGCCUUUCUCUCUGAGCCCCAUUCCAGCUCCACUGCAGGCACCUGACUCCUGAGAUGUGUUUUAAGUUUUGAAAAGCUGAUUUAAUUUGUAUUUAUACUUCUUGUCACCUGCUCAGGAGAUGAAGGGCAAGAUAUAAGUCUGAAAAAUAAAAUGCCUUAUAUUUUUAAGGUAUGUAACAACACAAUGUAUGUAAAUGCUUUGAACACUCAAAAGGUGCAACUAAAAUCUACAGUGGUACCUCUAGAUGCGAACGGGAUCUGUUCCGGAGCCCUGUUCGCAUCUAGAAGCAAAUGUAACUAGCGAUGGCACGUCUGCGCAUGCGCGCGCCGCUUUUCACCGCUUCUGCGCAUGCGCGUGACGUCAUUUUGAUCGUAUGCACAUGCGCAAGCGGCGAAACCCGGAAGUAACGCGCUCCAUUAUUUCCGGGUUGCCGCGGAGCGCAACUCCAACACACUCAUCCCGAAGCACAUUCAACCCGAGGUAUGACUGUACAGUAAUACCUUGGUUCUCGAACUUAAUCCAUUCCGGGAGUCUGUUUGACUCCUGAAACCUUGGUUCGAAAACCAAGGCGCAGCUUCCAAAUGGCUGCAGGAGCUUCUUGCACUCCAGCAGAAGCCGCGUCAGACAUUUAGCUUCCAAAAAACGUUUGCAAACUAGAACACUUACUUCUAGGUUUGUGGCGUUGGGGAGCCAAUUUGUUUGGCAUCUGAGCCGUUCGAGAACCAAGGUAUUACUGUACUAAGUUUGCGGGGGGGUGGGUUGUUUGUUUUCAUCUUCUUAAAUUUUAAUCAAAGCUGUUUUGUACCAAACGCUAAAAUAAACUCCUACAGUCAUUUUC